UGACUAGACUCAGCUAACCAGGGAGAGAGCAGGAAGACCAAUUGCAGCCGUCGAUCGUCAGCAGUAACCCUAAAGCCAAACUCAUGUUCCCUACAUGCAAGGGGGUCAGAGACAUCCAUCCAUCCACAACAUCACCGAUCCCUUUGGCGUGCUCACUGACUCAUCGACCCCAUCGGGCCCAACCAACCAACCCACCCUCGCACAACCUCAAGCCAAAAAGGAAACCCCCUUACAUCGAUCGCAUCGCCCCCGCGCCCCCCUCGCAUCCGCACGCACGCACGCACCCGCCCAGCCGUUUGUUCGCCCGCCGACCCGGACGCCUGCCACACCCCUUGGCACCGCACACCGCACCGCGCAGGCAAGCACGGCAGGCACGGCAGGCACGGCAGCAGGCGGGGCGCGCUGCCUCGUCCCGUCCCGCGCCGGUGCCGUCGUCUCGGCCCACCGUCCUGGUCUGCGUCGGCGGGGUGCAGCGAACCUACAGCCAGGCUAGGCCAGACGAGGCGGGUAGGGUCGUGUCGUGUUGGCGGCGCGAGGCCUCGAGACGGUUGGGUGGGUGGGUUUGUCGGCGUGCGUGCGUGCGUGGUGGUGUGGAUGGCGCUGUCGCAGCGAAGGAAGAAGAACCUUGCCUAAGAGAAGGUGAAGAGGGAGAGGAAGAGCCUAGAGAGCGUGACUGCGCUUGCACGCUCGCGGAGGCGUGCAGGACAGUGUGUAGGUAGGUAGGUACGUCGUCUGCCCUGGCCGGGUGUAAAUGCUCUUAUACCCCUCCUCCUCCCCCUUCUCCGUCUCU